AUGUCUUCAACACUUACUCCGUUCCUUUAUCAGACAAGGACACUACAGCGAGCUCUCACAAAUUCAGCCCGAAUCGCUUCAAGAUCAUACGCAUCCCACCGACAACUUCGCUCCAGCAAGGAUACUUCAAUCCCAUUCGAUUGGACCAAUGUACCCCUCCCAGAAGAGGCUCACUCUCCUAGCCGUAGCGGCGGCUUGGGCGAAUCGAAUAAUGAUGAGAAACCUUCGACGAUAACGCCCUCCGAGGCGCAUAUUUUCAAAAAGAUUUUCGACGAGAUAGCCCAGGGAAAGAUGCCCCGAGCUAGAGCCAAGCGCCCAACGCCUUCCAUCGAAAACGAGCCGCCUAAAGAGGACCUUGGGGUCUCGUCGCCCGAUGCAAAUUCCCGUUCCAUUGUUGUACAAGCCCGUAUGGCCGAUUUCCGAGAGAGGGUGUUAUCCAGGUUUCCACAGUCCUUGCGGGAGGCAGCACAACUCGCCCUAGGCCUGUUCGAGCUCAAAGAUGGCGCUGGUGUGAUUGAGACGGAGACAAAUGAACAGAAGGCUGAGCGCAGCAGGUUUGAGCAAAUAAGGGAGAAGGAAAAAGAUCGGGUCUUUGCACUUAUGAAAGCGUGCAAAAGCGAUGCUGAGCUAUGGAAGUUGAUGGAAACGGCGGUGUUCUCAUUGCCCGAGGAGCUGGGGAUCGCCACUCAGGAAAAAAAGAAGCAGCGAGGGAGGAAAUCAUCGAAGGCAUCAGUACCUGCGGAUAAGGCUACCGCCGUCGAAAGCGCUGCGGCUAAGGAGGGGGCUGGCCAAGGCCGGAAGCACAUCAUGGACAUCGACGGCCCCCUCUAUUCUCAAUAUCUGAACCAUGGACUCACUUUGCUCGACACUUCGUUUGCGAAGCCAUCUCCUUUUGCUCUCCAGAUCCUGCCCCGAGUUAGGUCCCUUGGCCUGCCAUCCUACGUCUUGGGUGUUUCUACCAAAUUCUACACCACCCUCGCUGCCAUCCAUUGGAACCGCUUUGGCGACGCUUCAUCAGCGUUGGACGUGCUCCAAGAAAUGAUGGCAACCGGCCUCACUGCUGACGAUGAUGUCAAAGCUCUGCUAGUGCGUAUCCGAGAUAAUGUUCUCGGAUGCACCUGGGGUGUCCAGGGCCCAUUUGUCAGUGGCAUGAUGGAAGCCCCGCCGUACGAUGGCGCCCUGAUGCAGCGAAUCCAGGAGCUGUAUGACUUGGCCGAGGACACGAUCAAACAGGCAGAAGAUUACAGCGGAUGA